AUGCGCGAUCCCGACCCAAGGGCACCUGAGCCGGCUGGCCCCUACUCACAACAUACCGCGCCGCCGCCGCCCCCGAUAUAUCCUCACCCGCACGCGAAUCAACUCCCGGCAGGACAGGUCCCUUUGCCAGCGGCGUACCCCGUGUCACCUCGCCAUGGUGGGCCGCCUCUGCCAUCGCCGUACGAUGCUCAGCGUCCUGGAGUCCACGAAGCUCAAGACUCUGAGUACGGUCCCGCCCGCCCUCAAUACGACCGAACCUUAAACCGACAUUUGGAUGCGUGGGGCUACUCGGAUGCCCUAGGUAGAAUCGCUUCCGCCACGAGGACGAUUUACAACUUCGCCGAAGCUUACGGUCGCAUCGCCGCAGAGCAGCAUGGCAACCAACAACCACUGCCCGACAGGCUUCCUACUGAGCGGGAAGUAAAUGACAUGCUCGACAACGUGGAGUACAUCAGAAAUUCUUUGGACUCGGUGAGGCAACUUGUCAAGGACAGCAACGAGCGUGCGAGGGUAGUCGGCAAGCAGAAGGGCUACGAAGACGAGGACACGCCGAUGUAUGACGGUAUGAACAAGAACAGCUACGGUAUCACUGAGGUCAAGAAGCGACGCGGGAGAGCUGCUCCUCCCGGCAGAUGCCACAGCUGUAACCGAAUCGAUACUCCCGAAUGGCGAAGGGGGCCUGACGGUGCCCGAACUCUCUGCAACGCCUGUGGACUACACUACGCCAAGCUGGAGCGAAAGCGUCAGCUUGAAGCGCGACAAAUCCGUCCUAAGCCUUCUGACGAGAGGAGCUAA